UUGACAGCGUACGCACGCAGCAAAACCGAAUAAAUGCAGCUGUUUACAAAGCGUACGGGCAGUUAGGCUCCAUUCGAAGAAGAGAAAUCUGCUUCAAAUUCUCGAGAAAAAAAAAUAUUAUCAAUGCUUCAGAGAGUUACCCGACCCCAAGCGACCUUCAGCCACUUGGCGAGAGAAAGAACGCUCUCGAAAACCAAACGCACGUUUCCUUGCACAAGCAUUGGUCCCUCCGCUUCCCUCGCCCGUCCCGCUGGCUGCAAACACGAUAUCUACUGCAGAUCACGCAGUGCUGGCCUAAAGAGAAAAUUACCGCGGCAAUUGUGCCAUUGAACCCGCACACUUUCCGUUUACUGCAGUGCAGUAAACAUAGUUGCCGGAUUCCGCUGCUCGCAUUAGCCUUAGUGCUAGUAACAUUAGCGGUCUGGUGUGCAGUUUAUGCGAAGACGUCGUAUCCAUGGACAAGUUCUAGAAACAUCAUAACACCAUAGUGUUGCUCGCAUAAGGCGUCUGUGUGGUGUCGUAGGUAGCCGUGCCUUGCGAGCCACGAUGGUGAAGGUGUCCAAGAUUCGCAGUCAACAACUAAAUACCCCCGUCACUAAAACUAAAGCAGCGCUGAACAUCGAAGAAGUGGCAAGGCUUGAAGUCGGUGAAACACCUGAAACCAAAGCAGACUCCUUGUUACGGCUACGCCAACUGCUAGAAGGGGAGCCAUCCUUGAAGAUUCCUUCGAGCGAUGACCUUCUCGUAAUGUUUCUGCGAGCCAGAAAAUACAGAGUUGAAGAGGCCGCCCAAAUGGUGAAAAACUACUUCCGCGCGCGGCGAGAUCUACCGGAAUUCUUUCAUGAACUUGUGCCUGAGAAAGUUCCCUUCAGAACAAUUUGCCAUGACCACAAACUUCUGAUGAUAUCGCCUGAACCAGGCGAGUGUGGACGGUGCAUGGCAGUCGUCAAAGUAGGUGCUUGGAGCCCUGACAUCUGCAGCCUUUUGGAUUUUACCAGAGCAGGGAUUUUGUUGAGCGGCAGCAGGCUCCUUGAAGAUGUUCCAUCAAUAUGUGGGAUCGAGUGUGUCUUGGACAUGAAGGGACUAAACAUCCAUCAUCUGACGCAGCUCACACCAUCGUACCUGAUGAAAUUGGCUAACAUUACGCAGGACUGCUGUCCCGUACGGAUAAGGGCUGUCUACGUAGUAAACCACCCGAAGAUCGUUGAAGUCCUUUUUGCCGCAAUCAAGCCGUUUCUGCGCAGCAAGCUGCUAAGCAGAGUCCACUUCAUUGGCGGCGAAGCUUCUGAGUUUUGGGGCCGCUUUCCAGGCGACCUCGUACCAGCGGUACUCGGCGGGAGGCGUGAGCAGUUCGAUUAUGAUCGUCAAGAGAAGUUUGUGCACAGCAGCAGCGCCUUCUUCGAAAGCUUGUGCACCUGCGGCUACAGAAACAACAAGACCUGAUAAAAGAUUCAUAAUUCAGUACCAGACAUUCAACGGAACUGCAAUCAUUCCUACAAAUAUCACUCGACUAACCCGAAAGGUUGUAUACUC